AUGGCCCUACACGCUCACUGGCCCUCGCACGCGCACUGGCCCUGCACGCUCACAGGCCCUCGCACGCGCACUGGCCCUCCACGCUCACAGGCCCUCGCACGCGCCCUGGCCCUCCACGCUCACAGGCCCUCGCACGCGCCCUGGCCCUCCACGCUCACGGGCCCUCGCACGCGCCCUGGCCCUCUCACGCGCCCCGGCCCUCCACGCUCAACCUCGCUGACAGCCUUUGAGCAGCACUCCCUGCAGACAUGCUGGGGACUCACGCAGUACGUGUUUCCGGUUCUGUCCACUGCUCCGUUCAGUCUGGGGCUGCUGGCGAAUGGGUUUAUUGGGUUGGUCAAUGGCGGCAGCUGGUUCAAGAGCAAGAGAAUCCCUUUGUCUGACUUCAUCGUCACCAGCCUGGCCCUUUCCAGGACUGUUCUGCUGUGGCUCCUCCUGGCUGAUGGUGUUUUGCUAGUGUUCUUUCCCAAAAAACAUGAUUCAGGGGUGCUUAUGCAGGUGAUUGAUCUCUUCUGGGUGUUUACAAACCAUCUGAGCGUCUGGCUUGCCACAUGCCUGGGUGUCCUGUACUACCUGAAGGUCGCCAGUUUCUCCCACCCCACUUUCCUCUGGCUCAAGUGGCGGGUCUCCAGGGUGGUCAUGUGGAUGCUGCUGGGUGCACUGCUAAUGUCCUGCAGCAGCACCGUGUCUCUGAUCUGCGCAUUUAAGGCCUACGCUGUCUUCAGCAGAAUCAGUGACAUGGGGAAUAAGAUGGAACACGCCAGACAGAAGAGAAAAUACAAGCUGAUCCAUGUUCUCGGGACUCUGUGGAACCCCCCUCCCUUGGUGGUGUCGCUGACCUCCUACUUUCUGCUCAUCCUCUCCCUGGGGAGGCACACGCGGCAGAUGCAGGCCACGGGGGCUAGCUCCAGAGACCCCAGCACCAAGGCCCAUAAGAGGGCCAUCAAAAUCAUCCUCUCCUUCCUCUUUCUCUUCCUGCUCUACUUCCUUGUCUGUCUAAUUACAUCGUCCAGUUACUUCCUUCUUGAAACCAAGAUGGCCACAAUGACUGGAGUAAGAAUCAUGUUGUACCUCGCAGGCCACUCGUUUAUCCUCAUUCUGGGGAGCACCAAGCUGAAGCAGGCAUUUGUGGAGCUGCUUGGGUGUAAGUCUGGGCCUCUGAAGCCUGGGUCCAGGGGAGACCCUUCUUCUCAUAGAGCGCAGAGAGCCAGGAGGGAGCCUAGGAGCCCUUCACAGGCUGCAGCCGCAGGCCUCCUCUGACCCUAUGGUGGCACCACUUCUGUAACAUCAGUAGGAGAGGGUCAUGGACUGCUCAUCUUUGGUCCUGCCUGGGGCCUGAUCAUGGUGAAAGCCACGCUUGUAAUGGCCUCCCUCUCUACGGUUUUCUGGAGUGGGGAAAACAGAACACACUCACUCUAUAGACUCAGAGCUGUAUUUUAAAAACUUCCAGCUCAAUAUCAUGAGGUUGAUCACUAGUUUCAACCUAAAGUUCAUACCAGCAGCGGUAAGCUGGUGCAAACAAAAUAGU